AUGCAUUUAACAACAGUAAAAAUACAAAAAAUAAUUUAUUUUCUACAAAUAAUUCUAUAUGGAAGUGCGGAACUUCUCACAAUUAAUGUACAAAAUCAGGGCGGCGAGGUGGUACAAGAGACAAUAACAUCAAAUAUUCAUGAUGACAUAAUUAUGUUGGAGUUUCAGAGGACUGAUGGCACUUUAAUAACUCAACUUAUAGACUUUCGUAGUGAAGCGCAAGUGUUAAAAGCCCUUGUGCUCGGUGAAGAGGAACGAGGUCAGAGUCAGUAUCAAGUGAUGUGUUUUGUAACAAAAUUUCAAAAGGGUGAUUUUAUUACAUCAGAUGCUAUGGCAAAAUUAAGACAGAAAAAUCCGAGUACAAUACGAACGCCGGAGGAGGAUAAGGGUCGAGAGAAUUUUACGAUGACUGGAUGGGUAAAUUUGGAACGGUCAUCGCCUAUAUCAAGACACUUAUCAAUUUGCAGUGAGGCAAAAGACUCCACAUAUGUUCGUGAUGUUGAUUUGAAAUCAUGGGCUGAAUUGCCAGGCUCAUCAAUGUCAAUAUUAGAAUCAUCAGUAACGGCAUUUCCAAAUGCACAACAGCAUAAAGUGAUAUCACGAUGUAACGAAGUAUCAAGUAUAUGGGCUCCAUGUAUAUGCUCGCUAGAGCUGUGUAUCGGAUGGUAUCCAUGUGGACUAAAAUAUUGUAAAGGAAAGAAUGAUAAUGCACUAAACAGUAAUCAAAUAAAUUCGAGCUAUCGAUGUGGCAUAAAGACAUGUCGAAAAUGUAAUAAUUUUAGUUAUUAUGUAAGACAAAAGCAACAAUGCCUGUGGGAUGAAUGA